AUGGCCGCCAGUGAGAAACGGUCUGCAUCUGUGGACCGCCAGGCGAACGCCGUCGAACAUGUUGACAGCGUCAAGGGCGAGAAGCCUCCUGAGCAAGAUGAGAAGCGCGACUGGACCGGCACCGCGAGGAAAACUGAUCCCGCGGAGAUCAAGCUCGUGCGAAAGCUUGACUACCGGAUAAUGCCAACUCUUUGCAUUAUGUACUUCCUCAACUAUGUCGAUCGAAAUGCGAUCGCCCAGGCGCGACUGAACAACUUAGAGGAUGACUUGGGCAUGACAGGCACCGAAUUCAACACCACAGUCUCCAUUCUCUUCGUCGGUUACGUGUUGAUGCAGAUUCCUUCCAACAUGUUGAUCACCAGAAUACAGCCGGGCAUAUACAUGAGCGCAUGGAUGUUGGUCUGGGCUGUGGUAUCCGGUUGCACUGCUUUGGUUCAGAACUAUGGAGGCCUUGUGGCCUGUAGAUUCUUCCUGGGUAUUACUGAGGCUCCAUUCUACCCCGGUGCCACCUACAUGCUCUCCAUCUUCUACACCCGCACCGAAGUUGCCGCCCGCAUCGCCGUCUUAUACUGUGCUCAGAUCCUCGCCACCGGCUUUUCCGGCCUGAUUGCCGCAGGAAUAUUUGCCGGCAUGGAUGGACUCAGGGGUAUCGCCGGCUGGCGAUGGCUCUUUAUCGUUGAAGGAGCCGUCACCGGUUUUGUCGCCCUCGUCGGCUUCUGGUUUCUCCCGAACACGCCCCUAACCACGCGUUGGCUUAAGGAGGAUGAGCGUGAGCUGGCCCAUGCACGUAUGCAAAGGGACAAGGUCUCGGACUCUUCGGACGUCAAGGCCUCAGCCAUGGACGGCCUGAAGCAGGCCUGCCGCGACAAGCGGACCUGGCUCUUCUGUCUCAUGCAGAACUUCCACCUUUCGGCGUGCUCUUUCAAUUCAUUCUUCCCUACUGUUGUCAAAACCCUCGGCUUCAAUACUACCACCACCCUCGUCAUGACCUGUCCGCCAUUCAUCUUUGCCGGCGCUGCUGGAAUCGCUUUUGGAUGGAGUUCUGGACGCCUCCACGAGAGGACGUGGCACAUCACCGGAGGUCUAGGCAUCGCCAUUGUUGGCUUUGCACUUGCGGCCGCCACACUGAACACGGCAGCCCGCUACGUCGCGUGCUUCAUCUUCGCGAUGGGUGCUUACAGUGUCAACUCGGUCAUCAUCGGCUGGGCGUCCUCGACACUGUCGCAGACGAAGGAGAAGAAGGCCGUUGUUCUUGCCAUGACGAACGUCGGCGGUCAGAUUGGCUACAUCUAUGGCGCCUACCUCUGGCCGAAAAGCGAUGAACCGCGCUAUGCUAUCGGCUUUGGUGCCUCGGCAGGGUUCGCCCUCCUCUCGGUUUUGUGUGCCUGGUGGAUCCGCAUUUUACUUGUUAGAGAGAAUAGGAGGAUCCGCGCGUCUACUUCGGAGCAUGUCAACUUGCACGGGUACUAG